CGCCCCGCCGUCCUGUGCGCAUCUCCAGCUCCAACACAGCGGCACCAGCGAGGGAUGGAAGCUCCAGAAAAGCAAUGAGGACUAUUUUUGGCGCGUUUAUCUGAAUCUAGAAGCUCAUAAUCAACCGCACAGAGAGUCGAAGUGGGAGAUUAAAACGCGAAGGCAUCAUGGGCUGUGUGGGCUCAAAGAAGGAGCAGGAGGCUCUGGGCAAAGGGACCGGUACCGACGAGCUGCAGACCCGAGCACAGACGGCCCACUACGUCAAAGAUCCCACGGCGGGAAACUCCGGGAGCAAAGCUGCCAAAAUGCUUUCCAAUGCAAACUCUUCAGACGGCGAGAGCAUUGCCAUGGCGCUGUACGACUACGAGGCCAUCCACGAAGGAGACCUCGGCUUCAAAAAGGGCGACAAGCUCAAAAUCCUAGAGGAGUCGGGCGAGUGGUGGAAGGCCAUGUUGAUCAGCACAGGCAAGGAGGGCUACAUCCCCAGUAACUACGUAGCCAAAGACACCCUGGAAGCAGAGGAAUGGUUCUUUAAGGGCGUCAGCAGGAAAGAUGCUGAGCGGCAGCUGCUGGCCCCCGGGAACAAAGUCGGGUCCUUCAUGAUCCGAGACAGUGAGACCACCAAGGGCAGCUACUCUCUGUCGGUCCGAGACAGCGACAUGCAGUCCAGUGACACGGUUAAGCAUUAUAAGAUUCGUACGCUGGACAACGGAGGAUUCUACAUCUCGCCCCGCAUCACCUUCGGCACCCUGCAGGAGCUGGUCGGCCAUUACAAGAAGCAGGGAGAUGGUCUCUGUCAAACCUUGGUUAACCCAUGCCUGAGCCCCAAACCUGAGAAGCCGUGGGAGAAGGACGCCUGGGAAAUCCCGAGAUCUUCGCUCAAGCUGGAGAAGAGGCUCGGCGCAGGCCAGUUCGGAGAAGUCUGGAUGGCCACGUACAAUAAGCACACCAAGGUGGCGGUGAAGACCAUGAAGCCCGGCAGCAUGUCGGUGGAGGCCUUCAUGAUGGAGGCCAACCUGAUGAAGACCCUGCAGCACGACAAGCUGGUUCGACUCAACGCCGUGGUCAGCAAGGAGGAGCCGAUCUACAUCAUCACCGAGUACAUGGAGAAAGGUAGCUUAUUAGACUUUAUAAAGAGUGAUGAGGGGAAUCGCGUCCAGCUUCCAAAACUCAUCGACUUCUCCGCUCAGAUCGCAGAGGGGAUGGCCUACAUCGAGCAGAGGAACUACAUCCACAGAGACCUGAGAGCCGCCAACAUCCUCGUCAAUAAGGCUCUCGUGUGCAAAAUCGCCGACUUCGGCCUCGCUAGAAUCAUCGAAGACAACGAGUACACGGCCAGAGAAGGAGCCAAAUUCCCCAUCAAAUGGACGGCUCCUGAGGCCAUCAACUACGGCUCUUUCACAAUCAAAUCCGACGUCUGGUCCUUCGGCAUCUUGCUGACUGAGAUUAUCAGCUACGGACGAACGCCGUACCCUGGGAUGACCAACCCAGAAGUGAUCCGCUCCCUGGAGAAGGGCUACCGGAUGCAGCGCCUGGACAGCUGUCCCACCGAACUCUAUGAAAUCAUGCUGGAGUGCUGGAAGAACAAGCCCGAGGAGCGACCCACUUUCGAUUACCUGCAGAGCGUCCUGGAGGACUUCUACACAGCCACAGAGAGCCAGUACCAGCACCAGCCGUGAGGCUUCUGCUGCAGCCAUGUUCGCUCAGACGGACCGCAGCAGGACGGCCAGUUUCUAAGUGCAGCAGUUGCAGUUCACAGCACACACACACACACACACACACACACACACACACACACACACACACACACACACACACACACACACACACGUGUCUUUACCUUCGUCUCUUAUUUGCAUUCACUUCCUGCAUAGGGACUGUACAGAAAUUACUGGUGGGAGGAACUUCUGCUUUGGAAGAACUUAGGCCUUAUAUAAAAACUUUGAUAUUGUUUUUGGGAGUGCCGCUGUGUUGGUGUCCCAUGUUCAGGGGCUCUAGUCCCUGAUGCAGAGGUCAUGAGUUCAAAUCCUGCUCAUGGCCCUUUUCUGUAGAUCCUUUCCCCGUUCUUCUCCCCCACUUUCCUGUCUCUGCCUCAAACUGCACUAUGAAAUACAGGCAAAAA